UUCAGUCCCGGGCUGACAGGCCAUGGGCGCUGAGAGGGCACCUCAGAGCCAGCCAUACACCCCGCGCCUCCUCGGCCUCGGCCUCGUCCUCAGCCUGGCGGCCUCCCUGUCCGCGAAGGCUGUCCACAUGCAGGACCCCCUCCAGAAAUGCUUUGUGGAUCCGGACUACGAGCACCUGCUCAGAAUCGUGACCCACGGGCUCAACAAGACGGUCAAGCCCCAGAGGGUGAUCGUGGUGGGCGCCGGCGCGGCUGGGCUGACGGCCGCCAAGGUGCUGAGCGACGCUGGGCACAAGAUCACCAUCCUGGAGGCCGACAAAAGGAUCGGAGGCCGCAUCCUCACCUACCGUCACAGGAAGACCGGCUGGAUAGGGGAGCUGGGGGCCAUGCGUAUGCCCAACUCACACAGGAUCCUGCACCAGCUCUGUAAGACCCUGGGACUCAACCUGACCAGCUUCGUCCAGUACGACGAGAACACGUGGAUAGACGUGAACGGCGUCAAGCUGCGCAACUACGUGGUGGAGAAGAUGCCUGAGAAGCUGGGCUACCAUCUAGACCCCCAGGAGAAGGGCCACUCGCCCGAGGAGCUCUACCAGCUGGCCCUCAACAAGGCUCUCAAAGAUGUCCAGGUGCUGGGCUGCCACAGGGCCCUGGAGAUAUUCGACAGGCACACGCUCCUGGAAUACCUCCUCGGGAAGGGGAACCUGAGCCAGGAGGCCGUGCGGAUGCUGGGAGACACGCUGGCCAAGGAUGGCUUCUUCUAUCUCAGCUUCUCGGAGGCCCUGCGCGCCCACAGCUGCCUCAGUGACCAGAUACAGUACAGCCGCAUUCUGGGCGGCUGGGACCUGCUGCCCAGCGCGCUGCUGAGCUCGCUGUCGGGACCCUUGUUGCUGCAGACACCGGUGGUGACGGUGAAGCAGGACCAGCAGGAGGUGCACGUGCACGUGAGGCCGGCGCAGGGGACCCACCACCAGGUGCUGACGGCCGACGUGGUGCUGAUGACGGUGAGCGGCUCCGCGCUGCGCCGCAUCAACUUCACGCCGCCCCUGACGCGCCAGCGGGAGUACAUGCUGCGCUCGCUGCACUACGUGCCGGCCACCAAGGUGUACCUGAGCUUCCACCGGCCCUUCUGGCAGGAGGAGCACAUCGAGGGCGGCCACUCCAACACUGACCGCCCAUCGCGCGUCAUCUUUUACCCGCCGCCCGGCGAGGGCGCGCUGCUGCUGGCCUCGUACACCUGGUCGGACUCGGUGGCGCCCUUCGCCGGCCUGACUGCGGACGAGGUGCUGCACCUGGUGCUGGACGACGUGGCGGCGCUGCACGGGCCCCACGUGCACAAGCUCUGGGAUGGCACCGGCGUGGUAAAGCGCUGGGGCGAGGAUCCGCACAGCCAGGGCGGCUUCGUGGUGCAGCCGCCGCUCUCCUGGCACCCAGACCCGCAUGUUGUGGACUGGGUGGUCCCCUACGGCCGCAUCUACUUCGCCGGGGAGCACACGGCCUACCCGCACGGCUGGGUGGAGACGGCCAUCAAGUCGGCGCUGCGGGCCGCCAUCCGGAUCCACCACCACGGCCACGGCUCGCACAAGGUCGAGCACCCACACCCGGACUCCCUGCAUGCAGUGACCAUACCGCACCUGACCAACAAGCCCAAGUUCAUCACACACACAACCCACAAGGAAGUCCAUUAUUAA